AUGAAUUCGAGGCAUUUGGAGGUACUUUUAGAAGAACUUAAAUAAUUUUAAAAUGAUACAAAAAAGAAAUAUUCAGAAAUCAAGGAUGAAGCAUCGAAGUUGUAUUCAUAGCUAGAAAAGCUUAAGAAAACAUUUAGGGAUAGUGGCGAAAAAAGUGAAGUGAGAUUCCCCUUUGAACUUUUUGAGCCGCUGAUAAAAGUUGUUAGCAAUACAAAGAAAUCAAGGGUGAACAUUAAUUUGAUGACAAUCCUAUCACGUCUUUUUAAUCUUAAGCUUCUACAUAAGUAUGAAGAAUUCUACUAUAUUUUAGAUUACUUGCACAAAGUUGUGGAAAUUAAGAAGUAGAAUCUAAUAAUAAAAUUGCAGCAAACCCUUUUCAAUUUAAUCACUCCUUAAAUUAUUUCAAUCCUGAAGCUAGAUUACAUUUAGUUAGCUCUAACAAUCAUGUUGAAAAUUCGUGAGCAGUUCGAUAUUGCUAUGAUAAAAAGUCUAAAUUUCACAAUUUAGUCCUAGAUCAUUUCUGUUAUUUCUCAAUAGGCAGUAAAGUACGAGUAAGCUUAAGUAUAGAAUAAUUAUAUGAAAAUAUUUAAGGAUUUUAUAAGUAUCAUUGAUAAAAAUAUCCCUUAAUGGUUUGGAAAUACAAAGCCCACCCCUGAAAUAGGUAUUGAGUGUCUAAGUAUUAUGAUUGACGAAGGAGAAAAAGUGUUUAAAGGAAAUUGUGAAUUAGAAAAUAUACUUCAAAAUGAUUUAAUUAAUAAAUUAGAUUAGAUACUUCAAUCAGCGUAGGGGCAAAAAGACGAAAAUUUAUAUAUCAAAGUUUUGAAAUUGCAAACUAAAAUAGUUGGUUUGAUUCACAGCAAAUAUGCAAUUUUUCAAAAAUAUAACUUGAAUGAUUAAAAAAAGUUUUCAAAACUUAGAUUUUCAGCUUUAGAGUCAUACAACAACAUUUUUACCAAGUUGGAGUCCUUUUAAAAGUUUAUAGAGUCAACUUACAGACCAAACACCACAAAUUGCCAAUUCAUAGAUUUUUUAAAAGAUCUUACUGAAGUUGUAAAAGAUUUAUUUGGAAAUUUGACUGUCAAUAAAAAGAGAAGGUAAAAAAGCUAUGCUGAUUCUGUAGGAGCAGAUAUAGAUGGUGUUGUAGAGCUGAAUGGAAAUGAUUUUCUUCUUUUAUGCAUAUAAAUUAUAAAUAAUAUUGCUUAAAACAUAACUCAAAUGUGUUCAAAUCUCUCAAACAUAAACUUGAUGUCUCUAAAAAAAUACGAUAAAAGUUAUAAAUUCUCCUAUGAUGAAGAAAAUUUUAGAUAGUUUUUCGAAGACGUUUACAGACAUCUAUACAAUAUUUUAAAGCUCAUAUUUAGCGCUCUAAAUCAUCAAAAUAUCCCACUAGAUCAACAAAAUGCUUAACUGUUUAUUACAUCAAGAAAUUGUAUUUUCCUUUCUCUCUUUCUGAAUAAACAAAAGGCUUUCGCACAAUUCAUUAAGUUAGUAUGCCAAACUAUUUUAACAAAAGAUUCUCAUAUUGAUAAGAAAUUUUUAUACAAUACAUAAAUUUUCUUCUACAUCUAUGAAAACUUCCCUGAAUGUCUAAAUGUUACUUGUUGGGAGUACCUCAUAUAUUAUUUGCAUUUGUGCAAUUAUUUAAUUGUAAAAGAAGAAGAAAGGAAAGAUUGUAAAUCUUUGACAUAAUUUACAGCGAGGACAUAAGGUAAUAAUACUGCUUAAACUCAUCAAACUUAUUAAACAUAGUACACAGAAACUCAGACAAAAUAAAACUAAACUGAAAUCGAUGAAUAAGAAAACUAAAUUACUUAAUUUGUUGAAAAAAUAAAAUAAUUUUUCAAAAAUACUUAGCAUUUAACAUCUAAAUAGCUGAAUUCUCUAAUUGUAGCUUUAGAAAAUUCUACUUAUGAUAUGUUAGAAGACACAGAAUUUGUCCAGUAAUCUGGACUACUUCCUCGUCAUUAAAAAUCUGAAUCAAUUUCUACUCCUCUUUUGUUUUCUCCUACUUCCUAAUAAGUAGUAAAUAUCUCUUUAGUGAGACGUCAAUUUGAUGAGACAUUUACUUUGACAAAAAUAUAUGAAGUGGUUUUAUCUAACAAGCAUAGAGUUCAUUUAAUAUGGAAAAAUGUAAGCUCUACACUGAUUACUAUUAGUACUUGCAGAGAUAUGGAGUUUAGGAUAAAAGCUGUUACUAUCCUAGGAUCUAUUUUGCUAGAAAUAGGAUAAUAUUUUGCAACUGGAAACCAAAUCAAUCAAACCAAAGAGAACACUAGCUAGGAUAGCAUUAAAAUCUGUGAUUCACCACUCAUGAAAUCCUCAUAGGAUCUUGAAGCUUAGUUUUCACCAUCAGAAGUGUAAGGGAUAAUAUUUAGUGCUUGGGAAUCUCUAUCAAUGUGCUAAUUCUAGGAAGUUAAAUCAAUAAUUUCAGAUUAAAUGGAAUAAGUUAUUAAUACAUUAGGAAGUACGCUUAACAUUAAAGGAAGAUAAGCUCUCCUUAAAGUAUUGAUGAGCUUUUCUGAAGUCUAAAAAAAUGAUAAGUAUAUUGAAAAUUUCCAAUGUAUAAUCUUGCUUAUUCAGGCAACAAGUGUAACAGAUACAAACAUAAAUGAAAUAGAGCAAUAUAUGAAAACGCUCUAAGGAUUUAUUAACAAUUCAGGAGACGAACAAGUUAUUUACCAUUCUUGCCAAUAAUUUUUAAAGUUAAUUUAAUAUUUAAAUGAACUUGCAAAAAAUUAAAAGAGCACUUAUAUUAUGAAUACAAUUUUGAACUAUGUUAGGGAUAUUCUUUUUUGCCUUGUUUAAAUAUCAACUCAUUCAAAUGUAGAAAUAAGAGAGUAGUCUCUCGAUUGCUUUGCUACAGCUAUAGUGGAAUACUCAGAAAACUUUGACAUGACAUUCUGGACAUAGAUUAUAUUUAAAGACAUUUUAUUCAAGAUUUCUAGCGAUACCAUAAAAUAUCUAUACUAGUAUCUUUAGGAAUAACUAAAAUUAAAAUAAGAAAAUUAAGAAUUUUAAGAAUGGUAAAGCUCUUCGAUGCAACUGAUUGACAGUAUUACAGAAAUUACUUAAAAAUUUAUAGAAUUUGUUUAAAAGAAAAAGUAAACUGAAAAUUUAUAACCUAUUCAAGAGUCUUUACAUGAAACAUUAUCGGAAUCUUAAAUAUGCGGUGAUGAUGGAGAUAAUUCUAUAAUCUAAAGAAAAAAUAUAACUAAAAAUACCAUAAAUAAUAAUUAAGAAAGUAAUUAAAGCUCUGAAGAAGAUGGUGAUGCAUCUUCAGAGAAGACAUCGAAGACAUUAUUAGAAUUUGCUCCUAAAACAAAUCGUACAGAUGGACAUCAGCCAUAAGCUCUAUCAUCUAAGCUAAUAACACUAAUGAAUCAAAAUUUAAUAAAUAAUACCAUUUCAGAUAAAAAAGUUUUGAAUUUCGAAAAAAAAGUAAAGAGUGCCACUAACCUAGAAAAUUCAAAAGAAAAAGAAGAUGAAGAUCAUGAUCAUAAUUAUCCUAUACAAUACACUGAAAAUUUCGAAACAGAAGGAGAUCAAGUAAUAAAAUUGGUUUCAUUCGAAGAUGAUAUUGAAGAGAAUGCUAACUAAGAUGACAAAAAUAACUAAGAAAAUAAAGAAGGAGAAGAUGAGAAAAUAAACUCACAAGAACUAAGUGGUCAAAAGUAGAAAAAGCAUCAACUAAAAAUCAAAGAUAGUUUGGCUUAAUAAAAUAUUUUGAACAAGAAAAAACUAGUUUUUCCUAAAUCCAAAAAAUUUUACAGUAAAACUAAGACUCGCUAAAUUUCUAGCUUAAGGUCUUUAGACUCUAAAGAAUAGCAAAUUAACGUGGGCAAAGAAACAGUUUAAAAUGGCUAUGAAUUACAAUAAAUAGAUGAAAUGAAAGAAUCAAUUGAAAAAUAAUAAUAACGUACAAGAACUGUAACAAAAGAUUUAAUCUAGAUGAAUAAAAUAAAAGAAGUUGAAUCAUCUAGGUCAAUAGAAAAUAGCUAAGAAGCAAAAUAAUAAGUCAAAUAGGAAUAGGAAAAUGCUGUGGAAGAUCACAUCAGUGAUGUCAUUAGGUAGAAAUAAGAAACCUAGGAAUGGUCUGUCAAUAUUAAUGAAUAGUAAGUAUAAAAGUAGUUAUCAAAUUCAUCGUCUUAUAAGAAUAUUGUUGACAAUAACAGUUAGAGUGCUGCCUCUACCAAAAUUGAAAGCGAUACUAUCAGUGAGCCUCGUAAAAAUAGCGAUGCAGAGGUAUUCAGAUAAUAACCUCCUUUAAUUAAUUUCAUCAAAGCAGACGAAUACAAUAAUGAUGACAAACUAAAGGAGCUUUAGUCUGAAGAGUCUGAGUAAGAGGCUACUCCUAUGAUGCCCAGAGAAUAAAAGGCUGUAGAAAUAAAUAGUUUAGAGCUUUAUUUCAUCAUUUUAGGAGAUUUUAUCAGUUUCAAAGUUACUGAUAUAACAUUUUUAUGUGUGAAAGAUAUUGCCUAGUUUAUAAAAAACUAUCCUUAGUACACUGUUUACCUUUAGUAAGAAAUUAUUACAGUUAUUGACAGACUUGAUGAUUUCUUCUCUUAAAUUCCAAUAGAUAUUGUUGAGUCAAAGAAAAUAAUUGAAAAUGGUAUUCCUGAAACAGUUGGAUUACUAAGAUAGAUUUUAAGCAUAGAUAGGAUACCUAGAAAGAAAGAUCACGAGUAAAUGAUAGCAACUAGCAUGGCACUUUUAUAUAAAAUUAUGAUCUUCCCAAAUAUGGUCGAGUAGACAUUUAACAAUGUACUCUACCAAGUGUAAUAUUCAGAUGACUAAGUUUAUGAUUUGCUAAAUGAUAUUGUAAUGAACUUUAAAAAUAAAAGAACUCUUUACAAGAGCAUUUUUAUAUGUUUCAUUAAAGAAUUCUUUUAAGAAGAUAUGUCAGACCCAUUCUUUGAUAAAACGUUGAAAAAGAUUCUUUAAAUCAUAAAGAGUUUAAUAUCAAACGAAACAAAAAUAAAUAAAAAAUAUAUUUAUGAUGUUUUACUUCACAUUUAUCGUAUUAUCAACCUUAAAUAUGAUAAUGCUUAUCAUCACUUUUGGUAUACUUCCCUAAAUUAAUAAAGCAAUCCUAUAUGGUAUGAGGCCACUCAAAUUUUUACAUUUAUAGCAAAUAUUCUAGUUUCUAAUAAAAUUUAAACCGAUCCAAUUUUAUAACUAACCUUAGAUUUCUUUAAGCAAGAAAUCAAAGAAUAAGAUAAAGUUUAAUUCAAAAGUGAAGAAGAUUUAAUGCUUUACCUAGAUCAUGACAAAACACUCCUUCUCUUUUUGUUAAAAUCUUUCGCUCUUGGUGAAGUUAACUUGACUUUAGAUUAGGCUCUGGAUAUAGGAUAGUUAAUUCACACCUUUUCUUAAAGGAAACCUAAUAUAUAGCUCGAAAAGAUUCACCUAUUAGAAAAGUUUUAGACUCAAAGCUUCUCUCAAUUCUGCUUAGAAGCUCUCUUCCAAAUUAGUAAUUACAUGGAUGGAUGUAGUAGCUAAAGAUUAUUUAACUCAUAAAUAUUCCUACCAUUUUUCUUGUCAAGAGCUUAAGCUAUUUUUGAUAAAUUUAUUUCAACCUUAGAGCAACAAAAUUAAAAAGCGACAAAUUAAGUCAAAGAAGUAUAAAGUAGAUAAUUUUUGCAUUUCUUAGAAAAUCUCUAAAACUUGAAUAUUGCUCCAAAUACUUUUAAAGAGUUUAAGAGUAACAAAAUAUACUCUUCAUUACCUUACAGACUUAAGAAAAUAGAAAACCCUUUAUUAAACAACUCUAAAGGACAUAUAGGCUAUUUGAUGCCAUAAUUAACUGAAUGUAUUCAUAGCAACAAUUCAGAAGUGAGAGAUUUAGUGAAAAUAAUUAUACAAACAUAUCAUUAAAAAAUAGGAGUUUAUGAGCUUUAAUGA